GCAUUCAAGACAACUUGUAACUUGGGAAAAAAAGCAAGCUCCGACUGGGAUUUUUUUUUUUAAACGGUUAUCCAAGUCGGAAACGCUGGCAUCUUUCUAGCGUUCCGACGCACUAAAGUCCCAUGUCAGAUAUUUCCGAGUUCCGAGUAGUUUUGAACGCGGCACUAGUCUCAGCAUUAUCAUCAUUAUUUUCUACAGACAAGUCUCUGACGCGUGUGUGUUGUGAGAUGAGCAACAAGGAAAUAGCUGUGUAAACGAAACUGUAAAAUCAAGGCAAGGGGCUCAGACUGUGUUGGUUCUCAGGAGCAACUGACCGUAUGAAACUUCCCAUGGAGCCAACAAAUCUACAGAAAGCUAUUGCUGUAGCACAGAAAGCCUCCCAGGAGGACCAGGCUGGGAACUACCAGGAGGCUAUCAAAUCUUACCAACAUGCUGUCAAGUACUUCCUGCACAUUGUAAAAUGUCAACCACAGGGUAAAGAGGGCAACCAGAAGAUCAGGGACAAGUGCAAACUGUACCUGGACAGAGUUGAAGAACUACAGGAGUAUCUAGAAAAGAAAGAGGUUGGAUCCCAACCAACAAUAAACCCCACUGAAGAAGAAUACAAGAAAGCCAUAGAUCUGGCCAGCAAGGCAGCCCAGGAGGAUAAAGCUCAGAACUACGACGAGGCCCUGCGUCUAUACCAACACGCUGUUCAGUACUUCCUACACGUAGUAAAAUAUGAAGCCCAGGGUGACAAAGCCAAACAGAGCAUCAGGGCCAAAUGUGCUGAGUACCUUGACAGAGCAGAGAAGCUCAAAGAAUACCUGAAGAAGAAAGAGAAGGCUCCACCCGCCAAGCCUGUGAAGGAGUCCCAAGCUGACGACAAAGGAAAUGAAAGUGAUGAAGGAGACGACCCAGAAAAAAAGAAGUUCCAGAACCAACUUUCAGGCGCCAUCGUUAUGGAAAAGCCAAACAUCAAGUGGAAUGAUGUUGCCGGUUUAGAGGGAGCCAAAGAGGCCCUGAAAGAAGCUGUUAUUUUGCCAAUUAAAUUCCCACAUCUUUUCACAGGUAAAAGAACGCCAUGGAGGGGGAUCCUGCUCUUUGGUCCUCCUGGUACAGGAAAGUCCUACCUAGCUAAAGCUGUGGCCACAGAGGCCAACAACUCCACCUUUUUCUCUAUCUCCUCCUCUGACCUGGUGUCCAAGUGGCUGGGAGAGAGUGAGAAAUUAGUAAAGAACUUGUUCACUCUUGCACGGGAGCACAAACCCUCCAUCAUCUUCAUAGAUGAGAUAGACUCACUGUGCGGCUCCAGGAGUGAGAACGAGAGUGAAGCAGCUCGCCGGAUCAAGACAGAGUUUCUGGUUCAGAUGCAGGGAGUGGGGAAUGACAACGAUGGGGUACUGGUAUUGGGGGCCACCAACAUCCCUUGGACAUUGGACUCUGCCAUCAGAAGACGGUUUGAGAAGAGGAUCUACAUCCCCCUGCCAGAGGAACACGCCCGCACCUUCAUGUUCAAGCUCCACCUAGGCGCCACCCCCACCAGCCUCAACGACUCUGACUUUGUCACCCUGGGAAAGAAGACAGACGGGUACUCGGGGGCCGACAUCAGCGUCAUCGUCAGAGAUGCGCUUAUGCAGCCCGUCAGGAAAGUUCAAUCAGCCACUCACUUCAAACGGGUACGAGGGCCAUUGAGAGACAAUCCGAAAAUCCUGGUAGAUGACUUUUUGACCCCGUGCUCCCCGGGAGACCCGAACGGCAUCGAGAUGACAUGGAUGGAGGUCCCUGGGGAAAAGCUGUGUGAGCCAGUCGUUUGUAUGUCUGACAUGCUGAGGUCCCUGUCCAGCACGAAGCCAACUGUCAACGAUCAUGAUUUGGACAAACUGAGAAAAUUCACAGAUGACUUUGGACAGGAGGGCUAAAUGUGGCAUUUUUGUUUUUACCAAAGCAAAUAUUAUGAUUGUAUUAAAGUGUUCAUUCUCCCCUUCAGGCUCUGUUGGCUCAUCAGAAGUGUGCCACAUGACUGCUCUACUCAUAGAAAUAGAAUUACUAGAACAGACAUCCCCAUUUAAGUCAAAUCUAUUUCUAUGGCUCUACUGAGCUUGACUAUUGGCCACAUAAGGGGUUAAACAAACGUGGAUAUUUUCUUAGAUGCCCCCCAUGUCCAAAGAAUUACGGAUCACUUCACUGCAAGAUGUCUGAGGUAGACUUGAUUGGUGGAUGGAAAGCUGCAUGGAAAUGAAGAACCUUGGUGUUACAUAGGCAUAUGUUCUGUGGAAUCUGUUUAGCAGCAUCUUGGCCCGAAUCCUGACUUGAGAACAAUGCUCAACUCAAACAUUUGCAUAUGUCAUGCUUUGAAGUCAUUGGGAGUUUGAUUCGAGUUCCCGAUACAAGCUUGUUAACCAAAUUAAGAUGCUGCUUAUUGUGCAGAGUGCUUAUCUAACUUCCCCAAUACAUAUCUAAGCUCAGUUUAAGUACCACUUGCCAUCAGUUAAAUUGCACCUCACUUGUCAGUGUAAGCACCCAUAUACUCUACUUAUUUUUGUACACAAGAGAGAACUCCUUUUAUAGUAGAUACUUUAUGGAGAUGUUUGGCUCUUUGGUCUGGAGAGAAUGAAAUGUACAAUGCAUGCCAUUUGUACUUUCAAAGGCCUUUGUAGUCUCAAGGUGGUGUAAAAGACAUGGGUUUGGGUAGCUGAAGCACUGCAAAUGUAUUUGUCAUUCUACAUACACAAGAUAUUUGUGGGGCUUCGGCUAGGGUUAAAAGAACUACCGACAACAAUCGGGAUGGAAACGACAUAUUGUGUAUAUGUACCUUUUUUUCUUUUUUUUUCCAGGAAGGCUACUCUGGUUUGUUCAUUGUCAUUCUGAUUUAAACUGUCAGGAUCACCAAAAGUACUGGACCAGACACCUUAUAGACUAGGAUUCAAUACUUUUCCCCCUGACCAUCCACACCAUACAUAUUUUUCUGUUACAUAUUGCUUAUCUUCCCAACAUGAACUACUGAAAAGAGAUGCCUUUUGGAGAUCCAGUCACACUGUCUAACAGUGCUGACAAAACAACGGGGCUAAUACUUUUGUGAAUGGAAUUGUAGAGGUAACCUGAAAUUGACAUUUUAGGCACAUAACAGCGUCAUGUCCUUUUUGUUAUGGCAUUGGUGGAAUGCAGCUCGCUUGAACUACCUUUUAAGAUGUGGCAAUGCGCACCAUGUGCCUUCUGAAACAGGUUUAUGUAGUAAGAACAUAUACAUUUGUUAUUUUGUUUGGUUCAUUUAAAAACGUGGAAGUUGAUAUCCAGAGGCACAGCUAUAUUGUGUGUUUUGUCAUCGUUGUAUUGAAAUGUAAUAGAUUUGCACAUUUCAUGUAAACUCUUAUCUUAUAUAGAUUGUAUUCUGAAGACAAGCCUUUCAAAGUGUUGGACAUCUUUUGUGUUGUCUUUUUAACUCACUAUAAAAGUGUAGAGAAACAUACAGAUAUCAUAUACUGUAUCAAUCAGUGAGUGGAAAAGUCAAUGUAUAUGGUUUUCUUUCCCAUGCUUAUGUAAAUAAAAGUAAUAUUGAGAA